CCGAAACAAAACACAAACACAAGCACAAGGACAGUGAUCUCUCUUUCUAUCUUUUUGUCUGUCUCUCUGAACACGUUGAUGGAUUCCCCCUCUCGCCCCUCCGUCAUCAUCGUAGGUGCCGGCAUCUCCGGUAUCGCGGCGGCGAAGGUGUUGGCCGAGAACGGCAUAGAGGACCUGGUGAUCCUGGAGGCUUCGGACCGCGUCGGCGGCAGGAUCCGCAAGGAGAGUUUCGGCGGCGUGUCGGUGGAGCUCGGUGCCGGAUGGAUCGCAGGCGUUGGGGGCCCGCAGCCCAACCCUGUUUGGGAACUUGGCGUCCAAUUCGGCCUCCGUACCUGCUUCUCCGACUACAGCAAUGCGCGCUAUAACAUCUACGAUCGCAGUGGGAACAUCAUACCGAGUGGAAUCGCUGCUGACUCGUACAAGAAAGCGGUGGACUCGGCGAUUGAGAAGUUGAGGAAACUGGAAGAAGAAGAAGCAACAGCAUAUGGUGAUGACCACAGUAAUAAUAUUAAAAAUAACGAAACGAAACCGCCUUCGACGCCGGAGACGCCAAUAGAGCUCGCCAUUGAUUUCAUCCUGCAUGAUUUCGAAAUGGCUGAGGUAGAACCAAUAUCCACCUACGUAGACUUCGGGGAGAGAGAAUAUUUUGUUGCGGAUGAAAGAGGGUACGAUUACUUGCUGUACAAAAUGGCUGAAGAAUUUCUCUUCACAUCCAAGGGAAGAAUCUUGGACAAUCGUCUCAAACUCAACAAGGUCGUCCGGGAAUUGCAGUAUUCAAAAAGUGGUGUUACGGUGAAAACGGAGGAUGGUUGCGUUUACGAGACCAAUUAUGUGAUUUUGUCCGUUAGCAUUGGCGUUCUCCAAAGCGACCUACUAGCCUUCAAUCCACCCUUACCCGGAUGGAAAUUGCAAGCAAUCGAUAAAUGUGAUGUGAUGGUGUACACUAAAAUCUUUCUGAAGUUUCCGUAUAAGUUCUGGCCAAGUGGGCCUGAAAAGGAAUUCUUCAUCUAUGCUCACGAGCGGAGAGGCUACUACACAUUUUGGCAGCACAUGGAGAACGCGUAUCCUGGCUCCAAUAUCUUAGUGGUGACAUUGACAAAUGGGGAAUCGAAACGUGUGGAAGCUCAACUUGAUGAAGAGACCUUGAGAGAAGCAAUGGCAGCGCUCAGGGAUAUGUUUGGAUCCAACAUCCCCGAUGCCAUUGAUAUACUUGUCCCUCGCUGGUGGAAUAACAGAUUUCAGCGUGGCAGCUACAGUAACUAUCCCAUUAUUUCCAAUCAUAAAGUUUUUCAUGAUAUUAAGGCCCCUGUGGGUCGCAUUUUUUUCACUGGAGAGCACACUAGUGAAAGAUUUAAUGGCUACGUACACGGUGGAUACCUGGCAGGUAUUGACACCAGCAAAGCGUUACUAGAAGAAAUGAGGAAGGAAAAAGAGAGCCAAACUCUCUUGUUAGAGCCAUUGCUAGCAUUGACAGGACCAUUAACAAUGUCGAAACCAGAAACAGUCUCCAAUAUCCACAAGUGCGAUAUUCCUACACAAUUAUAUCUCAGUGGCAAGCUUGGCAUACCCGAGGCCAUAUUAUGAUUAUAUAGAUGAUGCAUAUAUACUGAUGGUGAGGUGGGUCCUGCCUGAUCCUUAAGUCUCAUUCAAGUCCUUGUUGCCACCGUUGGUAAUUAAUGUAUAUUAACGAGUCACUCAAGUAUUGAUGGUGAAGGGAACAAGUGUCGGAACACCGUGCAGAUGCCUUUCACUGCUAAUGAAGCUUAAAAUACUACUAGGUUUUAAUUUUUGAAGGGAGUUGCUUAAUUGGUAUACACUUACGAUUACUUUGUUCUUUAUAGUCAGAAGCAAGAUUACAUUUUAAGGAUAACGGCUGUUAUGUGGAUCCUAAUUUUUUUACUGGUCAAUGAUAUCCAUUUCAAUUUUCUUGAAA